AUGAGAUGUAACCGGGGUGAAAGAUAUCGGGGUGAAGGUAGGGAUCUUAGCGUAGCAGAACGUGUAGCUACGAAAACAAAAGCAUGUGGAUGUAGAGCGAAAAUUAAGCUUAUGUUUUUGGAUUACCCUGAUCGAACGGGAUGGGUGAUCAAAGCAGAUCCAGGAGUAAGUGGCAUGCAUAAUCACGAGUUUAUUCAUUACCGUGAGGGCCACCAACCCGUUAGCGGUCUUAGUCCUGCGGCAAAGGUUUUCGCUCGCGAUAUGAUGAAGUCGCAUGUUAGGCUUGCUAGUAUUAUGAAAGUCGUUAAUGAGAGAUUUCCCGAUGAUCAUCCUAAUAUGAGACACUUGUACAACCUGAAGGAAAAUGAUAGAAGGGAAGCAAUGGAUGGUAGAGACGUGAUGCAGCAAUUCCUACACCUUGCUCGAGAGCACAACUACAUUUUCUGGAUACGGCAAGACGAGCUGACAAAUGUGAUGACACAGACGUUCAUGGUGCACCUUCGAUUGACAGAUAUCCUCCGUACUUAUCCGCAUGUUGUUACUAUGGAUGCAACAUACAAAACUAAUAAAUAUAACAUGCCUUUUUUUGGAGCUCAUUAUGAUGACACCUUGUAA